ACAAAAAUACAGCUUAGAGUUUCAUGGACAAUUAACAGUCUGUGCAGUCUGGACAGGAACUAAUGGGUCUCUACAAAUCGUCAACUGAAAGAUACUUCAACUAACUUGUUGGGUAAAUAUGACAACGCCACUUGAUUUGGAUAAUCUGCCUUCAAACCUUUUAUGUCGGUAGCACCUCAUUUGCCAGGUGCUGAAUAUCCGAUUUUCAAAGCUUUUAUUCCAUCUUUGAAAGGUUACAUCUUUAUUGCACUACAAUGUACUGCACCGAGCAUAGAGUGUUGGAAAACAACAACCAUGAACCAGGGGAAAAGAAACUGUAUUAUGUUUCUGCCAUGACUCAAAUAAAAGAAGAGACAGAAUACAUAAAAAAGAUGCGAAUUACAUUGCAGAAAAUGCGACAACAACUGUUUGAGGAUAAGGAUGGAGUGACUGAUGGCCAACAAACUCAAGAGAUGAAGAGGCCAAUGGAAUCACCUGAAGUUAAUGAAUCUGAGCCAUGUAUGGCCGAGCUCUGUUCCAAGUAUCGCCGGAUCAUGAGUCAGAUCAAAGUAAAGGAUGCCCAGCUUCGUGCUAUUCAAUGGGAAAACAAGGAACUAUUAACAAAGCUAGAGGCCACUCGAGAAGCAGGAGCUGCAGCGAUUCGGAAUGCCUCACAAAAACUCUUUGAACAUUAUCAAAAGCAGAUGGAUGAACUAAGACAACAGCAUGAAGAAGAGAAGCACAAACUACAGGCUUUUGCUGAGGAUCAGGAGGAGAAUUUGGAGAGAAGUGUGGAAAAUUACAACAACCUAGUGUUGAAACUUCAGCAGAAACAGAACAGAGCUAUGGAACUGGAAAAGCUAAUAGAAAGGAUGGAAAAGGAGAAGAAAGAGUUGAUAGAAAGGAAACAGUCUGUGGAAAAAGAGAUGGAAUGGAAGAAGUCUUCAUCUAUGGAUGUUCCAGACAACAUAAUGAGGUUUCAGGAUCUUCAGCUGGAGAUUUCCAUACUACAGGAAAAGAUCCUUCACCUGGACAAUGUUGUCACCCAACAACAUCGAAACCUAUACAGUGUAAUAAACACGAUUGAAAACUUAAAAAUGGAUCUGGCGAAACAGGAUCAAAUUAUACUCUCACUGAGGGAACAAGUUGGCCUACUUGAAGCAGAGAACAGAGAACUGAAAUAUAAAGCAGAAGUUUACUCUGACAAGCAAAGCAAGAAGCCUUCACCAGUAUCCUGCGCCAGUUAUGAAUCUGCUCGAAACAAAACUCCAUACCAACUGCUGAUGAAGUGGAAAAAAAGUUUCUGACCUCGGAUCAGAAAGCUCUGUACAGCAGAGCUUUUACCACAGAAGAGUGCUAAAGAAGGAAGCAUAAUGUCUCUGCACAUGAAACCUGCCUACCCGCUGCCCUGGGACCAACCAAGCUAGAAAUCACCAGAGGAUAAAGAGUAAAAUUAAAUAUGUCUGAAACUAGACACAACCAGAAAGGCUUCAUACUUUCUGAGUCUUCAUUGGUCUUUAAAAUACAUUUCGUGUUAAGAAAUUAAGUGCUGUAGAUGAAAAAUGAGGGAAACAUUUAGGAAAUUAAACAAAAGUGUUCUAUGAGGUACAGUUCAGAGGAUUUAGGAUAAUACAAUAUUUAUAUAAUAUUUAUACAAGUGUGGUUCUGAAAACAAGAUUUCUGUGUACUGGAUCAACUGAAAUGUCUAAGCACAUUAUAUAAUUUAUUGCUUUACAAAAUACAGCAUCAUAAAGUGCCAGCAGCUCACAAUUUUAAACAGCGCUGAAUGGCCAUUUUAAUUUUUCAUUGCGGGAACAUGGGCAGAAUUAAACAUGUACAGGGUAAUUUGCUUGUCUCAAAUAAAACUUUUGUUUCUAUUCUGAUAGACCACGCUUGUAAAUGCUGGCUUUGGCAUGCAGUGUGGUUCUAUGUGAUCAUAGGCUUUGAGUAUUGGUAAUGGGGUAGUGGGAGAUGCCUCACUCUUACCAUCAACCAGCUGUCUGCAAACACACACAACAGAUUUUUCAGCAAGAUAAGGGCACUGGGGUCAACUGAGGCACCAUCACUUUCCCUGAUUGAAUCAGCUAACAUAUCCACUCUAACUGAGAUCAAUUAAUGCAGUACCUCCCCCACUGUCAGACCAGGAAUUUAACUGAGGAUCUUCCUGAGUUCUAACUGGGUCAUACUAAGCAGUGAAUUUACCUGCUGAACCACCAGGGGCCCACAUCUUUUCAUUUACCAGAUUUCCUUCAGGGCAUCUCAUAUUUAAUUUCUAUUGGUUGUGAUAUAUUUAUAUUUUCAAAAAUGCAUGCAGUAUUAUUUAAAGACACAAAAACACACAAAACAACUUGGUAUUUUAUGUAAUUACACCAAAAAAUGAAGAUAAGCUUGUUUAAACUCUACUGAUCCCCAGACCAAUAAAAAGCAAGGGUUAAUACAACAACCAAACAGCCAAUACAGAACAUAUUUCGUUGGUGGAAUUUUAUGGACCCUCCGGCCGGCGGGAUCUUCCUGUCCCGCUGAAGUCAAUGGAGUUUUGAACAUCUCGUCACAUUUUCCUGCCCUGCCCCGGCCAUGUUGAGGCCAUAAAAUCCUGCCCUUGGGGUUUUUUUUGGACAAAUUUCUUGACUUAGCAAAAUUAUUACCUAUGACAAGAGUUCAAAUAUCAGGAGGCACAAGAUAAACAUGGAAAUAAAGUCACAUGAUUGAUUUUCACCCAAAGGAUAACAUCUGCGUGGAACAGGAUGCCAGGAUAGGCUGCUGACAGGGGCAGUAUAUAAAGAAAUUUAAUUCACCCAAUGUAUUGGGGUAGUGGCAUUAAUUGAACAAAGUUUGAAUGAACAAACCCCUCAUGUAAUUGAAUUAUGUUCCGCGAGAAGAACCAGAUUGUAGGCCUAAUAACCCAGUCGUGGUGUCAUACCCAUCAUUGUUCAGUUUGUCACCAACAUUGCUGUAAUUUGAAUUAAUCCCUAAUAAAGAUGAAAGACUUGUUGGAUGA